AUGAUCAAACCCAUGUCGUCAAAUAAACAUGGAACUAUUAUCACGUUCAUAAUGAACAAGGGGUUUCGUAUUGUACGAAUGAAAAACGGAAAGAUCAGCAAAGAUUUUGCUACGAAGCUUUAUAAACAUAUGGUGGGGGAAGGUAUGCUCCCUAUUAUAAUUGACUACGUCACUAGUGGUGAAGUUAUAGGUCUAGAACUUGUUGGCCCCAACGCAAUAGCAGAAUGGCGUCGGUGUCUAGGUGCAACAGACCCUGCAAAUGCUGAACCUGGCACACUCAGACAAAUAUUCGGGGAAAAUAUUCUCAGAAAUGCCGCUCAUGGCUGUAUUUCAGUAGAUGACGCUGCAGAGAUGUUAGAGUUAUAUUUUGGUUACGAAAAUGGCCUGCCACGAAUACCAUUUAGAGCAACGUAUCAAAAUUGUACUUGUUGCGUGAUCAAACCACACGUAUUGUUAGACGGUAACGUCGGAGCAGUUCUCGAACAAAUUACAAAUACAGGAAAGUUCCGUAUUACCGCUAUGGCUAUGUUUUCCGUUAAAUUAACUGAUGCUCAGGAGUUCUAUGAAAUAUAUAAAGGAGUUUUACCCGCAUUCGAGGGUAUGUGUAUACACCUGGCCGAAGGAAAAUGUGUAGUAUUGGAAAUUCAAAGCAUAGACCCUAAUUUGAACUGUGUUUCUGAAUUCAGACAAUUAGCCGGCCCUCGAGAUCCGGUAAGAUUGUUUGGGUACCUGAGAGCUAAGUAUCUAUCUAUAGUAUUAAUUACUUACGUCUUGUCUUCCUUAAGUGGAAUUCACAACUUUUAUGGAAGUCUAAAUACAACAACACAAGCAGAAAACUAA